GUGUCAUCUACCUCUUGUUUGGGAAAACUAGGCACACAUUCAUUAUCGAGUGCACGAUUGUAUCUCUCCUUGAGGCGGCCGCACCACCAGAGGCACGUCUGGAUCUGUCAUCUCGCACUAUUCUCAGCUGUUUUCUUCCGCUCGAACUAUCCGUCGCUGCUGCGUUCCUGACGGUUUCGAGGGCUGCAAAUCCGUGAUGCGAUCUGUCCGAAGUUUGCGGCCAAAGCUUAUCAGACCGUUCCGAACGGCUUGUACGGCUCCUAUGCCGCGAGCGACGGUGGACACACACUCACAUCUGCACCUGUCUGUAUGCACAUGCUAACAACGCCAACGCCACGUCGAAAAGACGCGAGACUAGCUAAUUGUGAAGAUGGACAAGCCCUUCAAGCCCCUCGACGGCGACGACGGCUGCGGCGCAAUCUCAGCUCUGAAACGAUUAGUAUGGGAGCGCGGGCUGUGACAGCGGUCACGGUGUGUGCGGUUUCAUUCUCGUGGAGAUGACCGCGUCCGCGCAAAGUGCGCUUUCCCCCUCUCCGAUUUGGAGCAUUCGAGAGCUGAUGAUCAUCUGUGAUCGUGCAAUGUGCAAGUGCAAUCACUGCAUCAAGGGACGCGUGCGGAUGGGCGUGCCAGGUCAUCGCGUCGAGUUUAUAUAACAAAGGCAGAGAUGGCGCUCGCGCGUGUGGUCAAGGCUGAUUGCUUAGUGACAUAAGGGCUCUCUCCUCGCUCCUUUGCUCGCCGACGUGCUCGCGGUGAACGACAGUCAACCGUCUCGUUUUAUUUCCUCAAAAUCGCCGUAGCAGGCCAGGCCCGAGUCUCAGACAUGUCCGCAAGCAUAGAGUCGUCCUCUGCUGCUCCUCUGGACCUUAUGUUCUCGCAGGACCUCGUCGAUCCCGAGGUCGUCCAAAUGCUGCCUCCCGAGCUCGCCAUCCGCCCACUAGCCUCGGACGACUACAAGCGCGGCCACCUCGACGUCCUGCGCGUGCUCACCAAAGCCGCGGACCCAGGCGCAGCCGCAUGGACCGCCCACUUUCUCGAGAUGCGCGCGUGCGCGGACACGUACUUCCCGCUCGUGAUCGUCGACAAGAAAGCGGACCGGAUCGUCGCGUCGGGCACGCUCUACGUCGAGCGCACGUUCAGCCGCGGGCUCGGCUCGCGCGCGCAUCCGGAGGAUAUUGCGGUGGAUAGGACGAAGCAGGGGAGGUAUCUGGGGCUGUUGCUGUGUCAGGCGCUUAUGUAUAUUGGGGGGCGGAUGGGGGUGUAUAAGACGGUGGGGAACUGUACGGAUGCGAAUAUGCCGUUUUACUUGAAGUUUGGCUGCCAUCGUGCGGGGAGGCAGAUGGUCAGGUAUACGGAAGGUGCACAGCAGCCGCAAGAACCCUCUACGUCGCCUCCCGCCGCUCGUCUCUGAGCUCGUUGGAUUUGAUGACCAUUAUUUCGCAUUAUCCCGCAUACGCAACUGGAGUAAUAUUUCAGCACUACUUACCUGUUCUAAGUUAUACCUGUAGAUGAUACAACAUUGGCUAGAGUUCUCGUCCAUUUCCUAUAUUUUGACCCCUGGAGGGCG